UGUCGCCGUGGUCGAUUGAAGUGUGCUCGUUGAAGCUUUGCUUUCUGCCGUGUGGUUGUUGGUCCUUGUUCUUCCUGAGGAACGUGGAAGCGUGAAAGGUUUCGUUGCCUUCGCUCCCAUGUACCGGUACCGGUACGGCUCUGCAGGCUGAAUCUUUCACAAGAAGACCAGGGAACAAGAACAAGAUCCCAUCCCUUCCCCUCAUGAAAUUGUCAACUCGAAACAAAGAAGCGUCCUUGGCCCAUUUGACAAAGGUCUAGCUAGUAGCAGACGCUGCUCGUUCUCCUCAUAUAUUUACUAUCCCCUCCACUCCAAAGAUGUUUCGCGCAAUUUCGACGGGCGUCUUUAUGCUUCAGGGCACUCUCUUUACGUUGGUCAAUCUCAUGAACCUUUGGGAUUAUCGAGCCGCUGUGGAAGGAGCGACAAUUGUUGUGGAGGAACUCGAAGCGCUGACUUCCUCCAGCAACACGGGUGCAUCCUGCGUGGCGGGUCGUCUGGAGCAUUGUUUUAUUUUGUUGUGCGGUAUAUUGCUCUUGUCGGUUGCCCAAUACAUCAAGCCAGAGGACCGUGCCGUUCCAGCCUUGGGUGUCGCCGCGGGAAUUGCGGUGACGGUCCACACGGAACUGGCCAUUUCGACAAACACGUUUGCUGUGGAAGUAUAUCAGGGAGAGUUUACCCAGCUGAUGGGUAUCUUUGCCUAUGUGAAUGGUGCGUUUGGUGUGUUGUUCUUGCUGGUGGGGUUGGGAACCUUGGCCGGUCUCGCCAAGCCAUCACCAGGGGACGGAAAAAAGGAAAAGUAAUAAAUGUACCCCACUUUCUAUACAUCAUCAUUAGUACCAACCAAGACAACACGCACUUUUGAAAAAGGCAUGGAAGCUGUUACCAGUCCUUGAAACUACCCCUCUAAAUGGACCAUUGAUGCAAAUGAGGUCAACGGGUAGUUCAUCAUCUAAUCAAUCGUUGGAACUGAUCACCAAAACUAAGUCAUAUACUAGUACAACACAAUCUAUCCAUUGGAAGCGAUGUAUAAUAUUGUCCCAAGGAUUGAAGAAACUUUGAAAACAAUGCUAUCUUUUGGUGAGUGGAGAGGGCGAGAGGUGCGGAACCUCAAUUCCAAUGCAGCUCUGCCGGUUUGUAAA